CGUAUUCGCGCGUCAGUCGGUUGCUAUGCGUCCGGGCGAGGAGGUGGCGAACGCGGCGCGCGACCCGGAUCACCGUCCCUGAUAAGGGGGAACCCCGAGAGCCCGCGGCUCGGCAUCGCGGCCCGGGCGGCCGGACGGCGACGAAGGGGGACGACGACGAGGACGACGACGAGGACGGCGGGGACGACGGCGAGAGGCGAACGCGCGUACACCCGCGCGCGCUGUUCAGUCCUUACCGCGGCGACGGCGACGACGGCGACGGCGACGGGAGCAGCGCCUGCCGCGCGACGACACGAUUAUUAGACGACACCCCCCGGGCGGGCGGGCGAGCCACGAGCACAUGGUUCGGCGAUCGCGACUACGACCAUGAUCGCGAACGACCGUGCCGCGCCGAUCAUCGGCCUCGUCUUCGUCGUCCUGGCGGCCACCCUCGAUCGCGGUGAGGCGAUAAUAUGUUAUCAGUGCAACAGCGAGUACGACCCCAGAUGUGGCGACCCGUUCGACUCGUACAGUUUGGGGACUGUGAACUGCAGCUUUCAGCCUCGUCUGGAGCACCUCAGUUACUUAGAGCCUACCCUUUGCCGAAAAAUCAGCCAAAAAGUAUACGGCAAGGUGAGGGUCGUCCGCAGCUGCGGCUACAUCACGGACGAGAAGGACAACGGCGAGUGCCUUAUGAGGAGCGGCACCCACGAUGUGCGCGCGAUAUACUGCUCGUGCACCAGUGAUUUGUGCAACUCCGUCGAGAGUCUCCGCACGCCGUCCCUACUGCCACUGGCGUCCCUCCUGACUGCCGUGCUGGCGACACCGAGCCUGCUCCUAUCGUGCCCGACCGCGCCGCCCCGCAUCUCCCUCUCGACGACCUAAUUCUGCCUAGUCUCUCGUCCGAGUCGCACCCCGAGGAUCCCUGCGAAUCUAUUCCUCCCCGCUCACUCCGGCCCGUCGUCGCGCCGCCACGGACCGUUCGUGCACCAGGACUCGCGGACCGAUCUUCUUCCCCUCGGAGGGUGACCGCUCGGUCGGACGCCCCAUCGACCGUCGCUGUCAAAAAAUUUCCCUUUACGAUCUACGGUUUCUCGAAUUGCAAAGAGAUUGCGAGAAGAUCGCGAAAGGACGGCUGCGCCGUUCGCCGAGAGAGAUCCUUCGCCGUUUCGACUUUCCGCCUAUCGUAAUUACCGGCUCUCGGCCUAAUUGAACCGUGCCGGAUCUAUGAUCGAGGCGUCAAUCGUUUUCCACGCCGCCAACGAAAAACGAACCUCGCACUCCUCGAGCGAUCGAAUUUUUUUCCCUCUUUUUAUUUCUGGGGUCGGAUAUUCGAAUUGUACAACGAAUCCGACGCGUCGCGCCCCGUAUUUCUCGAGAUUGCGACCGGUUUUGCGACGUGAGCUUGAAAAAUCCUCGGGUUUCUCUCGCGCGAUCGUACCCACUAAGGCUCCCCGAAGACGCGCCGAGGGAUGACGCACGCUCCGCGAACUUCUCGUAGACAAUUAUCGCAUUUCCAUCGUUAACGAAGAGAUUUUAGAUUUUGGAACCACUCCCCGGUGUCUUUGGCUGCGAACGGUCCGUAACAUAGCCAGAUUAAUUAACGUAGCGUAACGGUGAUAACUGCCAGACGCGCGAGGGCGACACUUCAGUAGUAUACAUAUCUCCGCGAAGAAAAGGAAAAAAAACAAGAGAAAACGCAAAAAAGAUACCACGGCCUCUGCGUGAGAGAGAGAAAAAAAAGGGGGGGAUUUCGAAAUCGAUCGCCUCUCGUGUUACGCCCCGACAUCGCGCGCUCGUCUCGCGACUCAUCGGCCGUUAGACAGAGAAUCUCCAGACUAUUUUUUGCACAGGCAAACUAAGAGGAAUCGAUCAGGAAUUCCUUCUGCAGCCAAUUUAUCGAUCCCUUGCCCGUCUAAAGUCCCAAAACUCAAAUGACCCUCAAUGCGCGCAUUGAGAAAUUCACAGAGUCCGUUCUCCGGCAACGUUAACGCGGAGUCUCUUGGGUCCGCGAAGCUUCGCGGUUCUCUCGCGGCAGGAAGAUUGAGGGGACGAAUCUCUCGCGAAUCUCUGCAGAACGCAUUCCCAUCGAUUCCCGUCGGCUCGCCUACCUUCGUAAACGGGAACGAGCCGCGAGUCUCGUCACGCGACGAGCGCGCGAACGGGCGGUAGGGCGCAGCAUGGGAGGCGGAUACCUCGCGAGAACUUAUGAUUUAGCAAACGCAAAAGCGAGUCACACACGGUAACAAGUAAAUACAAACGUAGCGGCAUCGCGAUAACACGUUUUCGCACCUCGCCUGCUACCGCUGAACACUGAUUUUGCGUGUCUGUGCAUGAAGUGGUGCCUGCCCCGUAUGUGUGUACGCAUAAUUACGACGUUACGUAUACACGCACGCGAAGUGAGGGAAAACAAGUAAAUACAUAAAUAAUAUAUUUUGUUGUUGGAGUAAAAGCCUAAAUGGAAUUGCACGCGACAUCGACGGGUCAUGCUUAUUUCUAGAGGUGCAACCGACACACGUAGCGUUCGCGAAACGGAACCGGAUACAAACACGAGACGCAUCCUUUCAGCCUACUUCAGCGUCUAUCGCGCAUCGCAGCUCAAUCGUGGCGCAAUUAUGUAACAUAAUCUUUUUCCUAAUUUACGUAAGAUUUGCCCGUUUAAAUUAUCGUCAAUUCGCAACGCAGAAUUACAAUUCAACUGUGCAUGAUAAUGCAUGCAUAUAAAUUACAUUAUUACUUUUAAUUUAGCAAAACAGAGAGAAAGAGACGAAGAGAGAAGUCACAAAGACGUUUACACAGCGUCGUCGACAAACAAUCGUUUUAUCGAAAGUAUGGUCGCUCAUUUUUCGAAAAUUGUUACGUUUAUCAGGAUAUCUCUUUGUUCACUUGAUAUCUCGAGAUCGAUCACUCCACUUGGUAUCGCGUCUUCUGAACUAAGCUGAUGUAAUCUGAACGGAUACGACGUACCGCCUCUUUAAACGAUUCCGUGUAAGACGAACUGUGUAAAGAACGGGAUAAGGGGUAUAAUGUAUCGACGAUAUGCCGGGAGAGACCUCGCAAUUUUAGACGCGGUAAAGGGUCGAAGAUCCGCCGUCGCGUCCACGAUUAUUCCGUGUUUCGCAGAACCUUGCAACAAGUGCAGUUUAAAGCCUGAGUCACCUGAGCGUACAAUAAUCGCCGUUUUGGUAUGCGUUUUUCGAAUGCUUGGUAUGUUUGCGCGUGUCUAUGCAAUAAUUAAUUGAGCGUAACGCUAAACUCGAUAGCUCAAUUAGGGUCGGUUGUUGCACCUUCGAGUAAAGUGUCCGAUAUAAUUUACCAACCAAAGAGCCUCCUCUGUCUCAUUUUAGAACGCGUGCAUGUGCGCCGCCAAUAUAGAUAAAGGAAUCAGUUGACCGCGACGUUGGAAAAAGAAACCGGCCCUUAAUAAUCCGUUGUUGCUCUUUUUGCCUUGCGGCUGUUAGAAGGAAGGGGCGUUCGGUAAUAAUAAGUGUUCGGUAAAUACAGGAUGUUCGGUGAUAAGCGUGUCGUGUGGUGAACGGCGGUUUCGGUUCGGAAGCUCUUCCUUCGUUGCCGAAAUUUAGCGACGUUUCGCCUCACGAUUUUUUUAAGCGUAUGUGAAGUGUGUCACCAAGUCGAAAUAUUCCCGGUGAAAAAUUUUCUUGGAAUCUCUUGGGAAUUUUAUACGAAAUUUGUAACCUUUUAGAACAUUUCUCAGGUUUUCUUUUUACACGAAUUACGUGAAUUCUGAAAUAUCCCAAGACCUCUCGUUCUAAUUUCCAAAGAAAUUUCAUAAAAUCUGAAAGAGUUUAAGACACCUCCUUUAGUAACUUUCACAAAAUUAAAAUACGAAAAAUUCUUAUGAACAUUGCGAGAUUCUUUUUCACCAGGAAAAUCCGUCGAAAAUAAUUUCUUUUCGCAACUCGGAGACUACUCGUGAUAUUUUUAAGAGAACAGAACAUUUUACAGCAACUGCCAUGUGUACGCGCCUAAACUGCAACAAUCGAACAUCCUCUAUAAUACUGAUGCUAAUAAUAAUAGUAAUAAUGAUGGCAACGUACAGCAACGUGCUGGCAAGUGUGACGAACGAGCAAUAACAUAUAAUGACAAAGUAGAUGGUUUAUCGACAAAGGAAAGAGGGGGUGAGAAAUUAGAUGAAGUAGGCGCUUGAUCAAUAUAAAUUAUGUCACUCUAGCAGCUCUGCAAAGUGAUCGUCUCUAAUGCUGCUGUUUACCACCUAUUUACCACCUAUCGUUGCCGUUACCGCCAUCGAUAUGCUCGCAUUAACUACCCCAGUCAGCCAAGUCUGUCGAGAACGGAUUCCGCGAAGUUGUCCGCUACAAAUUUCGUCGGCGAUGCUAGAACUCGGUCCAAGUUCUAGCCCCGAGGAAUGUGUAGCCGAUCGACUUGCAGCUUUUAUGGAAUAGCUGCAAGUUGAUUAGCUACACAUUUCUUGAAACUUGGACCGGGUUCUAGCAUCGUGGACACAGGCGUUUACAGCAGCUGGCGCGUGCCCGUUGGCAGAACGCUGCCAGAAUUAUAGCGAUAUUUGUCAAUAAAAUAUGAUUGGCCGACUGAUGACUGAAAUCGUGUUCGCUUUCUGCGCAGUUUGACGCAGAUUGGCGACGAAACUGGAGCAGGAAGAUCUACGUUCGGCGGGUUCUGCCUGGUUUCCGCCGCCAAACUACCGUCGAAUUAUGUCAGCGGACUUACGCCCAUUUCUACCGACGUAGAUUAACUGUAAAUCUCGCGGUUCAAAUGAACUUUUUAGUUCUAGGGAUUAGAAAGAGAUAAAAAAAUGAAUUUGACCAAAUCUGCAUUGAUUGAAAUGGACAUUGGUCGGUAAAGUACGAGCUCAAUGUGGACACGAGCGGUGCCGAUUUGCCAGCAAUUUCUGAUGAAUUUGCUACCAUACGGCGGACAGUUUGCGCUCACUGGGGUGCUAUUUUACCAUCACUACUAUUACUAUUAUUAUUAUAGUUAUGAUUAGUACGUGCAUUACCGAUCCGUUGUUACAAAUAAUACCGCUAAUUAUUAUUAGAGCGUGGCAACAACCGUGAAGGAUGUGAUGGUACCGAUAAGUUUGGGAACGAGGGGGAAUAAAGUAGAGAAGAAAGGGAGAAGUCAGCGUGGAUAUGGAGGGGCGAAACGAACGAUUUCAAUUCUGACAACUGUUGCGGAUCGUAAAUUAAUAAAAGUCACGUUUCUCCCGUGUUAAUUCUGCGAUGUAAUUAACACCGAAACCACGUGAUCUUCGUUAAUUUACAAUACAUACAAUGUAAAUCGGAUAAAUGUCAAACGGAAAUCGUCCACCUCUGCGAUUCCCCGCGACUCCCUUCUUCCCUGUUAUAGAAUAAUUAGGACGGGAUAUAAACUUUUUCUUAUCAGAUUUGCAUGAAAAGUCGGUUGCGUUAAUCGGGGGGAAAAAAAGCGUCGAGUCCGUAUCGCUUACAGUUCAUAUCUUUUCGCUCUAGAACAAAAACUUUAGUCUAAAGGUGUGAUUUUAUCUUUCUUACCGGUAGACAGACAUUUGCGUAUAGGAAAGACAGCCGUAGAAUAAGAACCGCGAAUGGAAUAUCCUUCUAGUUCGCGUCAACGCUUUACAUAUCCUAUCAUUCUACAACGACGGAUAUGUUUGUUUACGAGCUUUCGCAACUGAUUUCGUAUGUAAAUCCGAUAGUGAGAGAUUUACUUCCAAGAAGAGCUCUCUUUCGUCUCCUUCGUCGUCUCGAGAUUGACCUUAUUCAAUCUCUCGUCCGGGACAGCCCGGACAAUCGGAAGAAACGUGGAGUUCUUGUUGUUGAAAUGAUUCGCUUCGUAUUUUCUCGAUAUAUGUCGCAAGUAACAGGUCGGUUGCAAACUAUUGGAAAUGUCGUUGUUCUGCGACGACUGCGGUGCGUUAUACUUUCGAGGGAAACUACGACGAUCGUAUCGCACUAAAAAUACGUCCUGCAAUUACUCAUGUAUAUUCAAAACUAUAUAUAGAACAGUUAACGCGAUUAAUUAGCGAAAUCGCUCGCGUGGCGUUUCUUACGCGGCUCGAAUAUUUUGCAAUCUUCUCGGAGCGAAGAAAUAUUGUAGUUGCCGAAUGAUCAGAUAAUACUCUAUCAAAAAAAGAAAAUAUAAAAAAGAGAGUAAAAAGAGCAGGAAAUACCAGUUUGCAGUUAAUAAAAAAUAAAAUAGCUGCAAUCUCUUACAGAAAUGUAACAACUGAGAACGAAGAAAGCACUGAACAGUUACUAGAGUUCAGUAAUUGAAUUAUUAGAAAUUAUUGAUGUACAGUAAUUUUCUAGCAAUUAUUCCGCAUACAUUUCUAUAAGGGACAAUUUGAAAGUAGCGACACAUACCUAUUGCACUAAUAUAAAAUUGUAACAUAAAGUAUCGUGAUAUUGUUACGUGAAAGUUUUUUAGUUAUAGGUCGCUGUUUUCAAGCUGGCGCACCAUCUCUCCGUCAAAACGUUACAUUAAGAUCGACGGCGUCGUUAUCUUCCAGAAAAGUGUAGAACUUACGAAAGUCUAAGAACGUACGCACGACUGCCGUUGCCUGCGACACGUAUCGAGAGAAAUGCGAUGUAUCUCAAGCCUCAUUGAACAUGUUCGUAAUGAUCAUCGUCGAGUGACAUUACAACAUCAUAUAUCAUGUACAGAGAGAAAGAGAAAAAGUAUUCUGCCAAUAAUAAAGUGUUGAACGAUUAAUAAAA